GGAGGCGGCGAGGGCCUGGGCGAGCGUGGCUAGGCCGGUUCCUGGGCUGGGCCCAGGGGCGAGGGUUGGGCCCGGGGCGAAUCGGAACCUGGGGGGUCGGGCGGGGCAGGCUGGAGCUGAGAAUGGGGCGCAGUGGGGCUGGGAGCCGACCCUGAGCUCGUCCUGCGUGGUGGGAGCUUUGCUCAGAGCUGGAGGCGGAAGCGUGAAGUCAGGACUGAGUGGGCGAAGAGAACCUGGGCUGAGCAGACAUGGCCACUUAUCACCAAGAAGGGCAGAUGCAGCUGCCCCGAGCUGAUGCCAUUCGUUCACGUCUCAUCGAUACUUUCUCUCUCAUCGAGCAUUUGCAAGGCUUGAGCCAAGCUGUGCCGCGGCAUACUGUCAGGGAGUUACUUGAUCCCUCUCGCCAGAAGAAACUUAUGUGGGAAGAUCAACAACAGCUAGUGCGCUUCUCAAUAAAGCCUCAACAUACAGGACAGAUUUCACAAGCCCAGAGGCUAUUGAGCAAGCUUCAUAUUCGCUGUAGUCAGAGGCCACCUCUUUCUUUGUGGGCCGGAUGGGUCCUUGAGUGUCCUCUUUUCACAAACUUCAUCAUCUUCCUCAUCUUUUUGAAUACAAUCGUAUUGAUGGUUGAAAUAGAAUUGCUGGAAUCCACAAAUACAAAACUGUGGCCAUUGAAGCUGGCCUUGGAGGUGGCAGCUUGGUUUAUCUUGUUUAUUUUCAUCCUGGAGAUCAUUCUUAUGUGGCUAUCCAGCUUUUCCCGUUUCUGGAAGAACGCCUGGAAUGUCUUUGACUUUGUUGUUACCAUGUUGUCCCUGCUUCCUGAAGUUGUGUUGUUGGCAGGGGUAACAGGCCAACCAGUGUGGCUUCAGUUUCUGAGGAUCUGCCGGGUGCUGAGGUCUCUCAAACUCUUUGCACGAUUUCGUCAAAUUCGAGUUAUUAUUUUGGCCCUGGUCAGGGCCCUCAAGAGCAUGACCUUCCUCUUGAUGCUGCUGCUCAUCUUCUUCUACAUUUUUGCUGUGGCUGGUGUCUACUUCUUCGUAGAGUACACCCGUUCACCUCGUCAGGACCUGGAAUACCAUGUGUUCUUCUCGGACCUCCUGAAUUCCCUAGUGACAGUGUUCAUUCUCUUCACCUUGGAUCACUGGUAUGCACUGCUUCAGGAUAUCUGGAAGGUGCCUGAAGCCAGUCGCAUCUUCAGCAGCAUCUAUGUCAUCCUUUGGUUGUUGCUUGGCUCCAUUAUCUUUCGAAAUAUCAUAGUAGCCAUGAUGGUUACCAACUUUCAGAAUAUCAGGAAAGAGCUGAAUGAGGAGAUGGCGCAUCGGGAGGUUCAGGUCAAAGCUGACAUGUUCAAGCGGCAGAUUAUCCAGAGGAGAAAAAACGUGUCACGUGAGGCACUGAGGUCAACUCAUGGUAAAACAGAUGACAGUUCAAGAGGAGCUAUUCAACAAAAGGAAAGUUUGGACUUAUCAGAAGUUUCUGAAGUAGAGUCUAUUUAUGAGACCACUGAAGCGGAUGUAAUAACAUCUGCAUCAAAACCCGAAGAGACCUUGUCAAAUAAGAAAGAGUAUCAGUCUUCCUCCAGUGUUUCCUCCACAUCCUCCUCCGAUGCUUCCUCUUCUGAAUCCAGAUUUUCUGAAUCUGUUGGUCAUUUGGACUGGGAGACUCUUGUGCACGAGAAUCUGCCCGGGCUAAUGGAAAUGGAUCAGGAUGACCGUGUUUGGCCCAGAGACUCACUCUUCCGAUAUUUUGAGUUGCUAGAAAAGCUUCAGUAUAACCUAGAGGAGCGUAAGAAGUUACAAGACUUUGCAGUACAGGCACUGAUGAACUUGGAAGACAAAUAAAGCGAUGGAUGGCUUCAAUAUCCUUGGGCCCAGCAAAGAUAACGAAGGGAAUUGUUGGAAAUAGAGAUUUCAAAAUAUAAAUGCCUGUUCAGAUGG